AUGACUGGCUCUGGUGCAGCAGGGCCUCGAGGCUUCAGGCUGUUUUUGUGCCUGCCUCUACGCCACCUCCUGUUGCUGCUUCUGUUUCUGCUUGGCACCUUGGCCAACAAACUUAAUGUGCCACGGGUGUUGCUGCCUUUUGGCCGGGAGCCAGGGCGUGUGCCCUUCCUGCUGGAGGCGGAGCGGGGCUGCUACACUUGGCAUUCCACCCAUCACGAUGCAGUAACUGUUGAGCCUUUAUAUGAAAACGGCACCUUGUGUUCCCAUAAAGCAGUGCUCAUUGCUGAAUCUACCCAACCGAUACGCCUCAGCAGUGUUAUUCUGGCUCGAGAGAUAGUGACUGACCAUGAACUGCGCUGUGAUGUUAAGGUUGAUGUGAUAGACAGCAUUGAAAUUGUAUCUCGAACCCGGGAGCUCUGUGUAGAUGACUCACCCCUGGAACUGAUGGUGAGGGCAUUGGAUGCUGAAGGAAAUACUUUUAGUAGUUUGGCAGGGAUGAUGUUUGAGUGGAGUGUUGCCCAGGAUAACGAAUCAGCAAGAGAAGAACUGUCUAGCAAAAUUAGGAUUCUGAAGUAUUCUGAAGCAGAAUAUUCUCCCCCACUCUAUAUAGCUGAGAUGGAAAAAGAAGGGAAACAAGGAGAUAGGAUUUUGGUGUCUGGGAUUAGAACUGGUGCUGCUGUUGUAAAAGUUCGAAUUUAUGAACCAUUCUAUAAGAAAGUGGCGGCGGCAUUGAUACGGCUGCUUGUUUUGGAGAAUAUAUUUCUUAUACCGUCCUAUGACAUUUAUCUCUUAGUAGGUGCAUAUAUUAAAUACCGAGUUGCAAAAAUGGUUCAGGGAAGAAUGACAGAGAUGGAAUUUCCUCUAAAACAUUAUACACUGGAAUUGCAAGACCACAGAAUUGCAAAUAAUAAGUCUUUUACUGGGAAAGUGGCUUUACUGGAUGAGGAAACAGCCAUGGUGACUGCCAUCCAGCUGGGCCAAACUAAUCUUGUCUUUGUUCAUAAAAAUGUCCAUAUGCGAUCUCUGUCUGGACUCCCAGAUUGCACCAUAUAUGUCGUAGAGCCUGGAUUUCUAGGUUUCACAGUCCAACCUGGAGAUCGAUGGAGUCUAGAGGUGGGACAGGUGUAUGUCAUUACAGUAGAAGUGUUUGAUAAAAGCAGCACAAAAGUCUAUAUUUCAGAUAACCUCAGGAUUAUGUGCCAGUUCCCAACGGAGUACUUUGAAGAGCAGCUAACUACUAUGAAUGGAUCUUACCAUGUAGUAAAAGCCGUGAAAGAUGGUGUUGUGGUGAUAAAUGCAUCCCUGAAUUCCAUCAUUUACCAGAAUAAAACUAUACAGCCUAUAAAAUUUCCAGUCACAUAUCAGCAAGAAGUAAAGAUUUAUUUUCCCAUCAAACUUACACCCAAGUUUCUGGCAUUUCCUUAUCAUCCUAUGGGAGUGCUAUAUCAUUAUAAAGUACAGGUAGAGGGUGGCAGUGGCAACUUCACUUGGACCUCUUCUAAUGAAACAGUGGCCAUGGUAACCACUAAAGGAGUGGUGGCUGCAGGUCAGGUUAGAGGGAACAGUAGUAUUUUGGCCCGAGACAUACGGAAUCCUUUUCGAUAUGCAGAAAUUAAGAUCUAUGUCCUGCAACUGAACAAAAUGGAACUGUUACCAUUUCAUGCUGAUGUGGAGAUUGGCCAGGUUAUAGAAAUCCCCAUUGCAAUGUAUCACAUAAGCAAGGAGACCAAAGAGGCCAUCAUGUUUACAGACUGCUCUCAUUUAUCCUUGGCUCUGAACAUGGACAAGCAAGGAGUCUUCACUCUUCACAAAGAAGGUAUGCAAAGACCUGGACCAGCGCAUUGUUCCAGUAUACACAUAGCAGCCAAAUCUCUGGGUCAUGCUGUGGUAACAGUGAGUGUGACUGAGUAUGAAGAGUAUUUGGAGAGCAGUGCCACAUUUGCUGCCUAUGAACCCCUAAAGGAAUAUCUUUGUUAA